AUGCUAACAUGUAACUGCAGUGGGUUUUGUCAUCAAAGCAGAUCAACUUCCCUUAUCCAGUGGGACUGACUUUACUCCAUAUGCUCUUUUCUUCUGGAUUAUGCUUCCUUCUCACAAAAGUUUUUAAGAUCAUAAAGAUUGAGGAGGGCAUGACGUCAGAUAUAUAUGUUUCAUCAGUUAUCCCCAUUGGUGCGAUGUUUGCAAUGACUCUUUGGCUAGGAAACAGUGCAUACUUAUACAUAUCUGUUGCAUUUGCACAGAUGUUAAAAGCUAUCAUGCCUGUAGCAGUCUUUCUCCUUGGAGCAGCAGCUGGCCUCGAAGUAAUGAGCUGCAGAAUGCUUGCUAUAAUGUCAGUUAUCAGCGUGGGAGUUAUUGUUGCUUCUUAUGGGGAAGUUACUGUUAGUUGGAUCGGAGUAGUUUAUCAGAUGGGUGGUGUCGUUGGUGAAGCUCUAAGACUCAUUUUUAUGGAAAUUUUUGUCAAAAGAAAGGGUGUUCGCUUGAACUCAAUAUCUAUGAUGUACUAUGUUAGCCCAUGCAGUGCACUGAGUCUCUUUGUUCCAUGGUUAUUUUUGGAAAAGCCAAAAAUGGAUUCUGGUGGGACCUGGAAUUUCCCUCCAUGGAUAUUGCUUCUCAACUGCCUCUGCACGUUUGCGCUCAACCUUUCAGUCUUCCUUGUAAUCUCACGUACAAGUGCACUGACUAUUCGUGUUACUGGAGUUGUGAGGGACUGGGUGGUAGUUUUACUUUCAGCUGUAAUAUUCUCCGAUACAAAGCUGACACCGAUAAACCUCAUUGGCUAUGGCAUAGCCAUUGCAGGAGUGGUGGCAUACAAUAACCACAAGCUGAAAAAGGAAGCGACUAUCACAACUUCUAAUGAGGAAGGCAACAGCAGCAAUCAAGAGAGGUCCAAUGACUUGCAGAUAAAAGAUGGCAACAGAGACGAGCAGGAGCAGGAGAGAUUCAAGAGCGUGCAGAUUGAAGAAAGACAGUAGUUGCAGAUUGAAGAUACAGGGGGCCGUACAUAACUUUCAGCAGCGAGAUCACAUCCAUCUUUAGAGAUGGCUAUAUAAUUCCAGCAAUUAGUUUCUCAUCAGCAUCUGUUCGCUUGUUGUAGAUCCCUCUGCUGUGCUGGUGAUUUCUCGUGUAAUGCGGGAGUGGAUUGAUUUUUAUCCAGACUACAGCGUCUGGAUUUUUUUUUUUUUUUUUGAGAUAAAGGCUUUGCAGCAAUGUCAUUAUUUCAGGCUACUUGUAAGCUUGAGCUGAUAUUUAUACUCAUUGUUAUUGUGGCACAAAGCCCCUUUUAUAUACACGUAAAACCUUGGCAGAAUAUUGCCAUUUGCUGUGUA